AUGAUAGACCCUGAACCUACUCCUGAAAUGCCUGAACCUACCCCUUCAAUCCCCGACUUCCCCGAGGUCGCGCUAACAACAUACCCCGGUCAAAGUGGAAUUGACCCCGUACCCUUGGAAUGGGGUGCAUCGGAUUCAAAAGCUCGCGGCCCGAUUGUCGUCUCCCGUAGCGGUAACUUGGUGAAACGCCGCAACGCUAUCGGCGCCCAUGGAGGCAGUUAUAGUAUUUACAACGCCUUAGCUAUUGCCUCCGGUGAUUUAGAUGCAGACUUCAAGCCUGAUCUACGGAAUAGUCAGCCUGUCUUCAACUUUCCCUGGCAACCUGCCUGGGCCGAUAAGGCGAAGAUAGUAUCGAUGGACCCUUAUGGCCAUGAUAUCGUGAACCAAUAUAAGGCGGAGUUGGAGGCUGGUUGGGAUAUUCGACCUACUAUGGCAGUUACCAGAGCAAACAUGAAACUUGCUGAGAUUGCUGAUGCAGUACGUGACGGUCAGCUUGAGGUUGAUGGUACAAUUGUCGUGGACUCCUCUGGUGAAGUUCGGGUGACGAAGGUUGCUGUUGAGCCGGUAUGGUAUUUACCUGGCGUAGCAGCAAGAUUCGGAGUUGAUGAGGGGACUCUACGUCGAACUCUGUUUGAACAUACUGGUGGUAGCUAUCCCGAGCUGAUCACCCGGCCGGACCUGAAGGUAUUCCUCCCACCGAUUGGAGGUCUUACCGUUUAUAUCUUUGGACCACCGGAACGAAUCUCGGAUGAGAAUGUCAAGCUUGCGCUACGAAUCCAUGAUGAGUGCAAUGGCAGCGACGUCUUUCAGUCGGAUAUCUGUACCUGUCGACCUUAUCUCGCCUUCGGUAUUCGAGAAGCAAUUCGCGAGGCUCAGAAUGGUGGAAGCGGCGUGGUGAUUUAUUUCCGCAAAGAAGGCCGUGCUUUGGGUGAAGUGAUUAAGUACUUGGUUUACAAUGCGCGCAAACGUGGUGGAGACACUGCGGAUAAGUAUUUCACCCGAACAGAAAACAUUGCUGGAGUUCGAGAUAUGCGAUUCCAAGCCCUGAUGCCGGACAUUCUUCAUUGGCUUGGCAUUAAGAAGAUUGAUUACAUGCUAUCAAUGUCUAACAUGAAGCAUGACGCCAUCGUGGACAGUGGGAUCAAGAUUCUUGAACGAAUUCCUAUCCCUGAAGAUAUGAUUCCUGAUGAUUCUCGCGUGGAGAUUGAUGCGAAGAUCAAUGCGGGCUACUUCACAACAGGAAAGCAAUUUACGAUGGAUGAAUUAGCUCAGGUUCGUGGGCGUGGCUGGGAGAAAUGGGAGGAUAUUACACACUAA